AUAAAAUGCACACAUACAGUUUUGGAAUCGGCGGAGAACGGUGCAGCAGCCGCACCAUGUACACACUUAAGGUAGCAGUAGUUAUUCUCGCCAUCGUAGCUCUGUGCUCCGCGGACGCAGAUCCCGACCCGAAGAAGUCGACCAAGAAAUCAGAGAAGACAUCGGUGAAAACCCCGAAACCAGCCACGAAAAAUGACAAAGAAAAUAGCUCCAAAACUCAAAAGAGAGGACUGUAUCCAGACCCACACCUAGGCUCGGCCUAUGAGGUACCCGAGGUCGUACCUCAGUAUAGUCCGGGAGAGCACUUGGCUGUAGCCCAUGACCUGGGGUUGUAUGGUGGUGUCUACGCUCAGCAUCUGGAACCUCACGCCCCUGUUGUCGCCACGUACGCUCCUGCUUACGGUUUUGGCGGACAUCACCAUGGAGAAUACACUUCAUACGGCCACGGAUACUUGGGUGGAUUCCCCGGAGGUCUGAAGGGUCUUGAAGCUCUCCUGGGUGGAGUAAAGAUUGAGGAAGGAAUCAUCAGAGUCAAGACCAUCACUACCCAUGUGCCUGUCCCAGUGCCUCACCCCGUGCCUGUAGAAGUCAUCAAGAAGAUACCCGUGCCGAUUCACCAUCCAGUGCCCGUCGAUGUUCCCAGAGCAGUUAAGGUGGAGGUUCCCCAGCCUUACCCCGUCGAGGUGCCCAAACCUUACCCUGUGGAAGUCCCUAAGCCAGUCCCCCACCCGGUACCACAUCCCGUGGAGGUGCGCGUUGACAAACCUUACCCCGUCGAGGUCCCAGUCCCUUACAAGGUAGAGGUUCAUAAGCCAGUGCCUGUGCCAGUCCCUCAUCAUGUGGAAGUUCACAAACCUGUAUUCUACCAGGAGCCUAAGAAGACCUACGCACCUGCUCCUAUCUAUAAGUCUUACGCUCCUGCGUACACACCUGUAGCCUACAAAUCCUACGCCCCUUCCUAUGUUUCUCCUUCUUACGCUCCUAAAGCCUACGCACCUUCCUAUGUUUCUCCUUCCUACGCUCCUCGUGUAGUUUCUAUUCCCAAAAAAUGUGACGACGUCACCUACGACCACUUGGUUGCUAAGGACAUCUUUUCUGUUUCUUCCCCCUCCUAUGGUAAGGGAGUUUAUGCACCAACCGCACCAGCUUAUCAACCCACAGUAGCUUACUCUAAGCCGUCCUAUGACUACGGGUACUCCGCUCCUGUCCCUUCAUACCCUAAGGUGCCCUCAUACCCAAAGGUACCUUCUUACCAUGAAGUACCCUCAUACCCUAAGGUGCCCUCUUACUCUGAAGUACCCUCAUACCCAAAGGUUUCCUACCCUAAGGUCUCCGCCCCCGCCUACGGUCCAUCAUACACCUCUGGUUACGGCAAGGUGGCUACAUCCUAUGUUGGAAUUCACACCCAUGGAGGAUACCAGAGCUCUGUAGAUCAUCAUACUCACUAUUAAAAAGGACUGUAUGAAACCAGCAUUCCAUAGUUACCAUCAUCACAUUAAAUAUUUAUAUCAUCAGUUGUACAUAAUUGUGUCUACAGUUGUUUUGUAAAAUAUUGUAAUAUUAUAACAUUCAAACUA